AAAAAAAAAAUUGGAAUAAACAUAUUUCAAACGCUAACAAAAAUUUUUCCUGUACACUCGAGCUCUUGGAAGUAUUCACAGUUUUGCGCUUUGUCAGUUUGUCAGUAACUAACCUUACGUAAGUUUGCAGCCAGAGACUUGCCACACCACAACACACAGCUAUUAUCCGCCAUAAAUAACUUUCUGACCCAUUUUUCAACAUUUUGUUGUGGUCAUUGAUCUAGCAGCAUAUGCGCAUACACGCACACACCUGCCACACAGCCAACGUAGUGGUAAUCGAUUUUGAUUCGUUGGCUAGCCUAUUUAGUGGCAAAACGGCUCGCAUGUCCGGCUGGCAUAACAAUUAAAAACCAAUUAAUUUUACUCAAUUGACUUGCGCAGAAGCACCUAUAUUAACACGCUAAACUACAAAUGCUAAUAGCGCGAUUAGAGUCAUUAAGAGGUGUUCGAAUAUGCGAAUAUUUGUGUUUGCCGAAAACUAAUAGAGCCAACUGUAGCACCAGUUAGAAGAUAUAAAUAUUGUCAGAGCAAUAACGUAAUUAGACAAUGGCGUUGCAAUAUCGAGCAAUUUGUGAUGUCAAUGAAUUGAAGAUAAUGUGUGCCGGAUUAGAAUGCAGUCGUUCGUAUCGAUAGAGUCUGUUUAAUGUUUAUGCGUAGGCAUUUGUGUUAAUCGUCGCUAUAGGGGAGUAUUUCAUGUUGUUCAUACGCCACGGCGCACCACUAAUGAGUGCCGCUAACGCCACAUGCAAACGAAAUCACCUGCGGAAAACGAUAAUUACGGUUCACAGCACCAUAGCCUAUACACAUUUUUCACAGUUAUCGCCUGUUUGCUACACAUUGUGCGUUGAGAGGUUCGGCUCAGCGCAAAUUUCCAUUUGGUAUACAUUGAAUACUAACUUUGGUGGUACUGCUUCCGAUAACGUACUGUGCUUGGACUCAGUUGCAAUGCCAACGGUUCAUGGCUAUUAAUCUAAAACAGCGUUGCUCCAUGCAUACAUAUAUAAAAUAUAUAUACGGUGGAUGUGUAUGUGAGUGGGUAAUCGACGCCAACUGCUGAGCAACGUAUGAGUACGGCAAGUAUGUUCAAUGGCGCUUAGUUAAAGUUUGUGACGAGGUAAACAAUUCGAUUUAGAGAGUAAGCUCACACAAGCUACUAGCGCUUUGCGUGGUAGAUUAAAUUUUGGCACUGUUAAUUUGCGUUGGUCGUUUAUGAAGUAGCAGCGCGCAAAUUUAAAUUAUUUUUGCGUCGGCAGAAUAAAUACAGCCAGACAGUUAUAGUGUAGUGAAACUUAACUGCAACAAAAAUUGAAGCCUUUGAGGUUAGUAUGGUGCUCAGCAGAUAAUUAAAAUACAAUAAUGGUCAUAUUGAGAAAAUAAAUAUUGCUGAAACAGCAAAAAAAAUUUGAAUUCAUAAAGGUUUCUAAUAUAAUUCAAUUCUUCACGAGAAAUUUAAAAAUAAAAGAAAUAAUAAAGUUUAAUUGUAAAAGGUGAAGAGCUAAAUUUUUGCUUCUUGACAAUAUAUACCAGCUAGCUAUUUACUUAUGCAACCGAGGGCGGUGUGUUUAACUAAGCGUGCUUACAGCAAAGGCAGCGCUGUUACUCCCAGCCUUGUUGCAGCGCUUCGAGCAUAAUUCUCCAUAGGCUUGCGAUAGAUUAUCGCAUUUUAGUGCAAGUGAGGCAAACACAAACAAAUAUUACACCGCGCGUAAGUUAUAAAGGGCGCUGUCAGCAACUUCCGUGCUAGGUGACACAACCGCUCCAGUGCAACGAUGCGCUUAAUUUUAUACAGUUUUUGUUACAUGCUCUAACCAGCAGUAAUUUAUUCUAAAAUGCCAAAAAAACUAGACGAAGUGUUCUGGCGCCUAGUGUGGAGCGCUUAAUGGACCUUAGCGUAUACUGUUGCGUAUGCAAACAUGUCAGGCUACAGCGCGUUCUUAUGAAAUUAAGUAGCCGCCAUGGAGUGCAAAAUCGCGAAGCAAACGACGUUUGUUUGCUUUUAUUAUGUUCACAAGCAACAAACUUUUCGUAUUUACUUAUAUUUAUUUAUUUAUGUGCACAACAUUGUUGGCCACUAUGCCUUUGUUUGCACAUCCGUUGCACGACACAACGGCGACUUGGUUGGCUUGUUGCAUUGUUGCAUUGUUGCCUACACUUUGGUAAUAACCUCGAGUUUAUUGCCCUCAAGGGCAUUCGGAUAGUUAGCGUGCAGUUCAGUGCGCCUGAGGCAACACAGCGGUCUCAGCACAGACGUGACUGAUAAAAAAUUAAAUGCAGUUGUGUUAAAGGCAGCGACGUGGAUGCAUUUAAAAAAGACGAAUUAAAUUAUUUAAAAUCAUUACGUAAUAGCAGCGUGGCAGAGUGUAGAAAAAAUAAAUAAAAAUGCAAACUAAAUAUAUUUUAAGUUAGGUUAAACGUUCUGCCUUCAAGUAUAUAUUCAAAAUGAAUCACGCAAUAAAAACUUAGUGUCUACGCUGACUUAAAUGUUACACACUCGACACGCACAUCCAGUUGCUCAUAAACCCGUUAAAUAUAAAACGCAGCAUUUGUGCGGGCAACAUUCUAGUUUACUACACUACACCACUACUACAAACCAUAUCACAGACAAUUCUACAGUAAAAGCAGCGAAAUAGAAGUCAUAACUGCCAAGCAGUCAGGGCGUCCGGGAUGGAUGCGCGAAAACAGAAGCGGCUUGGCGCCGCGCCAAUUGCAUCGUUCGAGAAGUCGUUUGAGGACACGGCAUCAACGGGCAACACGAUCCAUAGCAGCACUACAAGCUCUAUGACAAGCAGCAGUUCAGCCACAGCAGCAACGGUUAUGCCAGCAGCGUCUUGCUUGGGUUCAACGAAGUUCAGCGCAUUGCAGGAACAUGAAGCUCUUGCCAAGGACAUCCACAGCAAUGGCGAGUUGUUGAUGGAACCACGCGAGCAUAUUAAUAAAACAGCUGCGGACACAGCAAUCGCAAUAGGGAAAACAAGAAAUGCCCAAGUAGAGCAACCUAGUAUCGCUGUAUCGGUGUCGGGAAGUGGUGUCGUUGCAACAGACGCCAACGCCGCCGCCGCUGCAGUCCUCGCAAGCAAUAGAACUAAACACGAAGGCAACAAUACGAGGCGAACAACUCCUUUAAAGGCGAGCAGCUCCGCCAGCACUACAGCAGGUGGCAGCGACACUGUUGGUCAGCCACAAUUCCAGCAUCAACAGCUAACGGCUGCAGUAGGAGGCGCGUACAAAGGAGCCACUACGCUUGCCACACCCUCCACGCCCCGCAUCGAAUUGAGUCGUGCAUCGUCGUCAUCGCAUCACGAAGAGGACAGCCGGGAAAGCAGUCCAGAGAAUGUGUUCGAACAGGAAACAAUCGGAGUGGGCUUUCGCGAAGAGGGCGCUCUGGAGCUACGUAGCUCAACCGAAGAGUUGUACUUUAUGGAUCCGGCGCAGAAGAAGGAGGAGCAGGAGAAGAUGCAACAGCAGCAAGUAAAACGCUCCUCCCCGCACAUCUUCAAAUUUGACGAUCAUCAAAGCUAUUUGCAACAGCACCAGCGUAAAGACUCGGCCAGUUCCGAGGUCGCUGCAUUGCUUUGUAUUUCCGGACGCACAAGUCGUAUAUCAAGCGUUGGCAGUCAGGGUUCGGCUGUGAGUCGACUCUCAGCGGUAUCGGGUGUCUCACGUUCGCCUUCACCUCAUCGCAUGCUUUUAGAGACAUCAUUUUGUGGUCCAAAACCUUUGGAAAACGUAGUGGACGGUCGACUUUCAACCACCAUUGAGCCACCAACUGUUGAAUUACUUGAGCAAGUUUUGCUGUCACGUAAGCACGAUCCAACACAGGCGGUGUUGGCGGAAGGUAUUACAGUGGAGAGUUCACCGAAGAAGAAGCCGACAUCGCUAUCAAACGGUGAAGCUAAACCGCCAAUGAAAAGUACUAAGAAAACGGAGCGACCCAAUGCUGUAGCUAUUGCACCUGGUGGUGUUGCAAAGCCAGUCAUGGGUGCUCAGCGGAGAAGUAGCAAAAGUCCUGGACAAAUGGUAAUUGGAAAAACACCCAGCGGCACAGAGUAUAUACGCAUUAACCUGAAGCCUGACUAUAUGUAUAACGACAAAGGUAUUGCCCCUCAUGAGAAAGUUGUGGAGGCUCCGAACAGCAUUGCUCCGCUUUAUUCGCGGAGUCAAAAGAAACCUGCUUCAUUGAGUUUAGGUCGGCCUGCUGUGGAUGAAAAUCGGCUUACACCCACGGCUAGUCCUAAACCGACGCGACACGGCACUUUGACGAAGGAUACACAUGGCAGUCGGUCACCUUCACCAGCCACUGUUUCAGUUUCGAGAAAGAGUUCAUUUAGUUCGCUAUUUCGACUAGGCGGUAAAGACUCACCUGAUUCACCUCGUGAACGUUCACGAUCCCGCAGUAAAAGUAAAGAACGCCCGACGCCGCAGUCACAAAAUGUUACACCAAGUAAACAGAAAUCCGUUUUAGCGAUUUUCAAACCAGGGAAACGUGGAAGUAAUGCAGGCGCCGAUGGUAAAUCUUCGAAGAGCUCCUCACCUAUCGAUGGACAUGAGCUUCAGCAACAGCUGCAACAAAUGCGCAGUAAGUCACACACGCCAUCAUCGACUACCACUGGAGGUGGAUCUCGCCCUGCCAGUAGGUUACGUUAUUACGAUGAACCUGUGGAAGGCGUAAUCCACAUACCUCUUCAUACCCCACCAGAGGAAAAAGAGGCACGCAAACUAUUGCACGGUAUACAACAACUCAAUGCUGAACCGAUGCGUCCGGUUGCAACUGCUAUAACUGCUAGCCAGCUUGCAGCGGCUGCUGCUGCUUUGAAACCAGUGGGCACUCGUAAAGGUUCAGGAAGUGGAUCUUCAGGUAGUGGCCAAUCGCAGCCACGUUCACAACAGAUGGAAAAACUACAACGCAUUGAAAAUCUUGAUGCAAUACACACUCUUUCACAGGAAGAUGACAAUAAAGAACGUACAUGGAGCCUUGAAGUGAACAAGUAUAGCUCACAGGACUCACAGGAGACAGCUGGUUCUGAAACCAGCUAUGCGAGUGCUAUAAAAGUCAAUAUUCGUUCAAAUUUGGCCAAUGUUAAAGAAAAUGUUGUGCAGGAAAAUGGCAUGGCCGCGGAGGCUGAAAUUCAUCGUUUACCUUCAGUGGAUAGUGGCGCUGAGACGAAGAUCGUGGAGACUGUAGCUACAGUCAAUGUAAACAUUACACAAGUUCAGCCUGAAAAUGAACACACAAAAGAAAAGCGUCGAUUACUUUUCACCACACGUUUAGGUUCAGGUAGUCAGGAUCCAAUAUUUUCUACACAAUUUAGUAUUUCUAAAACCGAAAGUCAGUCCAGCCAACUUUCAGAGCAGGUUCAAGAGACAAUAAUAGAAAGUCCUGGCUCAGAGACCUUACAUAGGCAAGGCACAGUAAUUCGUCGCUCAGAGGAAGAGGUAGAAUUGCAUGCUCCAACAAAAAUACAGGAAUCUAAAGAGUCUACGAAGUUGCCACCGAAACGGCGGAGCUCUACGGAAGUUUCAGCUCGGCGGCAGAAAUCGAUUUCCACAUCAGAAGACGAAAAGCACAUUGUACAAACAACAGUAACUGCAGUGGUUAUGCGUCGUAAGGAAUCACAUGAGGAACCACGUAGAAAAUCACGCUCCACUUCCGAAGACGAUGCAGAUGCUGGUGGUGGGAUUGUAAAUCAACGGCAUUCACGUUACUUGGAAAAUUUCGAUGUGCGAAAAAAGUAUCAUGAGAAUGUGCCACGAAAACCUAAAAGGCAAAGUGUUUCUGAACCAAAACCUGGUGAUAGUACGGAGGAUGCGAUUGUUCCCGUCGCAGAACAGCGUGACGACCAAAAACUAUCAAAACAACAUCAGCAAUGUAAACCGACACUGCCUCAACCACCACCACCAUCUACAGCUCCUUCACCAUCACCUCCCCCAGCAGCUCCAUCCGUGUCUGGAAGUCGUUCGACAACGCCCACACAACGAGUACCGCGAUCACAAUCACAAUCCCCUGUAGAUCGCUCCGGAAAACAAACGCCCGUUAAACCACCACGAACCUCUACACCCACACGUCGCUCACAUGGCUCUCAUGUCGGAACAGAAAGGCAAUCAAUGCCUUCAACCGAUGAACCAGUCGAAUCGUCUGAAAGUGAACGAGACUCUGACUUAGCUGGCGGCUCGUCAGCUGGAGCCGAUCCUAAGCGUCGGCAUUUGCCUCGUCAUGUUGGGACAAUUGAAGAUCACGAAAGUACUGGACUCGUGUCGCAAGAGUCUUUUGACGAGCUUCCUUAUGUGCCAACCACGUUACCAGAGGAACGUGCACAUGGUGUGCCACUUGUCCCUAUGAAAGAUCGAGCCAAUAUGGAAUUGAAAACAUGUCCGGUGGAACGACCACGCUCAACUACACCACUGAAUCCUUCACACUUAGAGGAAUAUUGUGGAAUAGUUACACCUCAGGAACAAACAUACGAACUUAGCGGUUCAGUUCCAGUACGUGGUGAAAAACUACGAAUAAGUUUGCCACGAAAAGACUCUACAAAAGAGCGAGUACAAAGCGCAAAGUCUCCGCGACGACCAUCUAAUACCAGUGGCAAGUCCUGGUUUGAGUUUGCCGAAGAAGGCCUUCGCGCUACUGCGUCAAAUUUGGAACGUAAAGACUCCAAUAAACAAUUGCUGCAGCAACAAACACAACCCGAAUCGGAAAUCAAAACCAAAGUUGCUGUAAGCAAAGCGACAACAACUACCGUGCAGACCACGCAAACACAAAUUACACCAACGUCGGGCACCACAACAACACAACGAAAACUCUCCGGACACUGGAUAGAUUUCGAAAAUAUACCCGAAAAGCGCAAGCCACCAAAACGAAUCACGGCAUUACCAAAAGAUGGUGUAAUAACAAGCACCAGCAGCAGUCGAGUUCAUGCCACCACAUCGAGUGUUCAACAUACAUCGCAGCCCCAAACGCAUACACAUGGACAUGGACAUAGCCAUCAAGCAGCACAACCUGAUGUGACAAUGGAUGGCAAAAUCCACUACAACUAUGUCAAGCCGGAGGAUUGUCAAUGUGAGUGUCAUGAAGCCAAGCGUGAAGGUGGCGCUGGCGCUGGCGCGGGCGACAAUGCGAACGCAGCCAAAGUCGAUGAUGAGGUGGAAGGUGUGACAAGCAGCAAAUCCAUAACCAGUGUUGAUCUGCUACAACAAGGAGAGGAUAUGUUGCCAUUACUGGAUCCCGAUACACAAGACGGAAUUGAACCAAGUGAUUCGUCGCGUGAGUAUAGCUGCUACACGGAUGACGAGAUGGACGUGCCAAUGCGACGGGCAAGUUCAAGCCGCUCAAAAGGGAGUUCCUCUAAGUUGGACGAGUUUCCACGGCGUGAUGUUUCGCACAGUCCCCGAAAUCGCAAGUUUCCAGACAAUCGCAAGUGAGGCCGUUGGCGUUUCAACAACGAGUUGCUGGAUUCACCACUCACGCGUAUUAAGUUCUUAAGUUAAAUUUCUUAUGAAGAAUUCUUACUUUAUUUAGAUAACACUCGAAUGCCUUUCUGUUUUGUUAGCGCGGUUUUAACACGUAGUUAUUCUUUAAGAUCAGCUAGUAAAAUAUUUAAAAUAUAUAUAUCUACAUUUAAAUAGUUAAAUUUGUGAGGUUUUGUUUGGAGCACCAGUUGCUUAAAAUAUGUUAAUGCUUUUUAUAUAACAACACAUCCAAUUGAGGAUUAAUUCUUUAUAUUAAUUUAAGCCUUUAAUCAUUUCAAAAUGCCUUCUAACGGUCUAAAGCACAUUGAAUGUGUAGCAGGCAAUAUUUUGAACUUGCUCAUUUAAUACUUCAGUUUAUUAUAAUAUUAAGCAUAGCAUUUUUUUGUUUUUGUGCACCUGCCGCUAUCACUGCAGGGUUCCAUGCGUGACAUAGAAAAUCGAAUACUUUUUCUUGUGAACAAAGAGACUUAUAUAUGAACAUUGUUUAAGCUCUAAUAUCAGAAGUUAUUAAUCACUUUACAUAUAUGAAAUCAGCUAGUGCUUGCAUACAUAUUUAUAACUACUACAACUACAAGUAUAUGCAUACACUAAUACAUAUUCAAAUUACAUACAUACAUACAUACAUACAUAUUGUACCAAUUACUUGCCGACAAGUACAUGGAAUUAGCUUAGUUAGUUGAGAAUUUUAAUGAAUUUUGGUGUGCAGGAAAAAAAACUAGAAAAAGAAAUAUUUUGCAUAAAAUAUUCAAGUGCUUGGUAUUACACCUUGCUGAAUUCCUUCGAAGAUUUAAAACAGUCGCAAUAACUCAAUGUUCGAGAAAUUUCUGCCUUGCUAAUGAACCAUUUUCCCAAUGUAUACGCGUUCAGUCCCACAAGUAGCUUCGAUGGAUUAGAUAAAAGAGUACCAAAGCAUUAGCAUAACUUGACUAGCAGCAGAUGGAAUUUGAAACUAAGAUUUGAAAACUUUUUAUGAUAUUACUGGCUCCUUUAGUAUUAGGAAUUGUGAGGAACCCGAUAAAGUCGUUUGAAAAGUAUCAAUAAGUAAGCGUUGUUGUUGUUGUUUUCAAUAGAGUAUAAGCAAACGAGAUCCUAUUCAAAGUUCUAGAUGUUUAUGCAUGUAUUUUUGUAACACCUUACAAAAACCUGAACCCCGUAACGUUAGCGUACGCGCAUGCGAAUGAGUACUAGGCGCCCAUAAGUCCUCCCUCAAAUUAAAUUAAAAAAGCGUACAGUAAACGGCUGCUCGCUAAAUCGCUACGCGAAAUUAAUUAGAAAAUGUGCAUGAGAGUUAUAAAGCUGCCCCUUCCCCGAUCAAGUAACCUAAGCUGCAUAUGAGGCCACUGAAUAAAGCUCUUGGCAUUUACUAUGACUGAUAAUCAUUUACUUUAACUGCGCCUCAAAGUUGUCUGAAAUUUCUGGUUUUUGGCUUAAUAUGCUACUAAUAUUCUCCACUAUACGGUAUUGAUCUCAAUUAUGUUACGUUCUGACAUAAAUAUUGCCAUUUCGAACAACCUUUCCAACUGAUCUCCUUCCUAACACAAUGAACAAAAUCUGUCAGCAGUGAAAUAAGGUGUUCUGCUCAUGACGUAUAUUUCGAAAGCCUGCUUAAAACCGUAAAAUUAGCAACGUGUUUCUAUACUACCGUAAAUGCUUGUUAAUUUUUUGUAAAUCUAGUCAACAAUUCGAUUCGAUCAUAAAUAUAAAAAGCGUUUUUUAAUAAGUCAGACAAUUUUGAUAAAUCAUACUUGAGAAGCACGAAAUCACAUACCCGUACUAACAUACACUAUUGUCAAACCAAAGAUGUGUGCAUUCUCAAAGAGUCCUUAAAGUCCUUAAAAUUAUUAUAAUAAUAAUUAAAAUGUUAUUCGAAUCGUCUGCAGUACGAAGUAUAUACAUCCACACGAGUACAUACAUACAUACAUAUAUUAGUUAAGUUGUUGGAAAUGCAUUUAAUUACCAAUUAAGGUUAUUUAAAUAUGUAAUUAAAUAAUAAAUGGAUGAAAAAUAAAUCAAAUGAGAUAGACGUAGAUGCGCGCAACCAAGUAUCGAUCCGAGAACUAAGAAGUAAAUUAUAAAAAAUAAAAAUAAAAAAUUAAAGCAGCGAUGACAAAUUGUUAAUCGGUAUUUACUAUUAUUUAUUUCUAGUUAAAAUCCAACCAAGAAUUAAGUAAAGCAAAAGCUUCAAAAUUUUGAACUUAUAAUAUGCAAGUAAUUGACUUCAUGCACUACAUUAUUAUAUAAAACAUAUAUACAUUUAAGUAUAACUCAGAAAAAACAUUAAAUGACAAAUACAACUAAACGAGCGUUUCAUUUAGAGUUUACUUUGAAAAACUUUCAAGGUUUUUGCUGGAUGAUUCCACCAAAGUUAGCGUGCCGAAACGCCAAAGUUGUGCGAAUAACUACGCCGUUAUGCACGAGUGCCAACGAGUAAGUAGAAAACUUUCCACAAACGUGAGUUUCCGUGCAAAAACUGAAUGAAUGCUUAAAACUCAAUCCGCAAAUUUGCCAUCCGUGUGUGUAGAUUAAUAUAUUUUUAUUAUAUGUAGUAGAAUCAGCGAACUUAGAAGCAAUCGAGCAGCAUACAAAAUUCAAUUUGCACCUUCUCGUCCAUUUACGUUCACUGGUAGCACUACAUUGUAUCGCUUUCAAUAUACUUGUAGAAGAACCAGAAGCGUUGCAGCCAACUACUGAAAUAUUAAAUCAAUGCCAACGAGUUCUGCAUUGGUUGAUCAUUUCUGACAGUCUGCCGUUUACAGUUGAACUUUAGCUGCUAAAGGGCUAAUUAUCUCUACUAAAAAUAGUACAAAUAGAAUACACGCAAACGUUCAUUAAAGUGCCAACGAAAAAAAAUUGUUUAAAAAUAUCAUUGUUGAUCGUUUUAAAAUAUCUGCAAGUAUUUUGUUUUCGCCACUUGAGCGUUUGUAUUUAUUUUAUUCGACGCUGACAGCCUGAAGAGGUUUCGUAAUCAAUCACUUAACGGCUGCACAACGACUCGGCGCUCUGCAUAUUGUAUAUAUUACCAUAAAUGUACACACAAUUCUCCUGGUGUGUGUCUAUGUUUAAUGAGUUGCUAAGUAAAACAUUUGCUAUGCUUACAUAAACCAUAAACCCCCUUGCCGUAAAC